AUGACUAUAUAUUUAGCUGAACGACUCAACGAAUAUAUUCGUCACUAUGAGACCCUUGCCUAUGACACAGAAGCUGUCCAUAGAGCUCACACGCGAGCGAAACGUUCCAUCGCCUCGGACAAUUAUGUCCACGUGGCAUUCAAGGCUCAUGGUCACGAUUUUCGAGUACGGCUGAAAAGGGACCUUCACGUUUUUCAGGAUAAACUUGAGGUGCAGGGUCCAAGAGGAGAACCUUUGGACGUCGAUACGUCGCACAUUUAUCAGGGACAUAUUUUAGGUGAACCUGAUAGUGUAGCCUUUGGUUCAAUCAUUGAAGGCGUUUUUGAAGGAAAGCUCAUGUUGCCUAGUAAGGGUGCAUUUUACGUAGAAAAAGCCCACCAUUAUUUUCCUCACAUUACACAUCCAAACAGAACAUUCCAUAGUGUUAUCUACCAUGAAGACCACGUUGAGGAUCCUUAUGCUAAUAUACGUGAAGUUUCAAAUUCAUCCAUUCAACAGUUAAUUAAUAAUGCACUUCUAGGUCAUUCUGCUGGCUGUGGAAUUAACGACGAUGUGAUCGAGUGGAUGAACAAAAUCCAAUCCUCAGGCGAAGACCUGUCCCUUUCCCCCUCUACUGUUGCUUUCAAAAAAGCUGUCAAACAUAAAAAACAUUUAAAAAAUAAAAAAGACAAGGAGGACCCGAAUCCUCUGCCGAAUUACGAGCACGUUGUUAACAAAUACUCGAAAGAAGCCAAUGAACAAAGCAACAGUAGACACAGGAGAGCCACAAGAAGGGACGAAAACAAAAAUACCUGCUCACUUUACAUACAGACGGAUCCUCUUAUUUGGAGGCAUAUCAGAGAAGGAUUUCCAGAGCAUCUAGAUCCUAAAAAACAACAAGAAGUCAACGAAAAGACUAGAGAAGAAAUACUCUCUAUAAUUGCUCAUCACGUCACUGCCGUUAAUUAUAUAUACCGUGAUACCAAGUUCGAUGGAAAAAGUGAACAUCGUAAUAUCAAAUUUGAAGUGCAAAGAAUCAAAAUUGACGAUGAUUCAUCGUGUAAAUGCUAUCACAGAGGUUGUGGAGAAAUGAACCAAUUCUGCCUAGAGAAUAUAGAUGUUAGCAAUUUCCUCAAUAUCCAUUCGCUGGGCAACCAUGAAGACUUUUGUCUGGCAUAUGUGUUCACUUAUAGAGACUUUACCGGAGGUACUUUGGGACUGGCGUGGGUUGCCAGUGCUUCUGGUGCUUCUGGAGGCAUUUGUGAGAAGUAUAAGACUUACACAGAGACUAUUGGUGGAAUGUAUCAAUCCACCAAAAGGUCUCUAAAUACGGGUAUCAUCACAUUCGUGAAUUACAAUAGCAGAGUUCCUCCAAAAGUUUCUCAAUUAACUCUAGCUCAUGAGAUUGGACAUAAUUUUGGUUCGCCGCAUGACUACCCUCCAGAAUGCCGUCCUGGAGGUCCCAACGGUAACUACAUUAUGUUCGCGUCCGCCACCAGUGGUGAUCGACCUAACAACAGUAAAUUUUCUAGCUGUAGUGUCGGCAACAUUAGCAACGUUUUAGACGCAAUCGAAGAGAAAAAGAAAAGAAAUUGUUUCACUGCUUCCGCUGGUGCCUUCUGCGGUAAUAAAAUUGUUGAAGCUGGAGAGGAAUGCGAUUGUGGUCCUAGCCAAGGUCCAUGCUGCAGUAAUGAAUGCAAGUUUAUAUCUUCGUAUCGCCAGGAAGUGUGCAAAAUGGAAUCGGAUUGUUCUCGAUCCUCGAAAUGUAACGGUACCAGCGCCGAAUGUCCCGUUCCUUUUCCUCGCGCAGAUAAGACUCGGUGCAAUAAUGGAACUCAAUUGUGCAUUAAGGGAGAAUGCAGUGGCUCGAUCUGCUUAGAAUGGAAUUUAGAAGCUUGUUCUUUGACAUCACAGGAUCAUCCCAAUAUCGAUAAGAGAAAGUUGUGUGAGUUGGCUUGUCAAAACGGCACAGACAUUUGCAGAAGUACUAGUGAGUUUGCGGAUAAGGUAGGACUUCCCCCUGGAGGCAUCAGUUUAAGACCUGGUUCUCCCUGUGAUAAUUUCCAGGGUUAUUGCGAUGUUUUCCUUAAAUGUAGAGCAGUUGACGCUGAUGGACCAUUAGUUCGUCUUAUGAAUCUCCUUUUGAAUAAAGAGACUUUGAUAACCGUGGCUCAAUGGAUUACCGAAUAUUGGUGGGCAGUACUGUUAAUGGGAAUCGCCUUUAUAAUCUUUAUGGGGCUUUUCAUAAAGUGUUGCGCAGUACAUACUCCUUCGUCUAAUCCGAAACUGAAGAAGGCCCAGAGGAUUAGUGAUACCUUAAGAAGGCCUAUGAAUACUCUUCGAAGAAUGGUAUCCCGCUGGAGGACCCCUUCAGGCCGGGGCGCACCUGCUACAAGUAGAAGUCGAAGGGAUCCUUCUAGUCGUCCUUCAGCAAGUCAAGCAGGACCUAGGCCAGGAUACGGGGAAGGUAGAGGUCACUACCACGCUCCCAAAGGUAAAAAAUUGUUAAGCUUAUCAAGUUACAAAUGA